AGCAUAUUGAUAGAUUUGAGACUUUUUAGUAGAGAUGAAUGUCAUCCAUUAUGUUUAGUUGGGGUGAUGCUUUGUUAUCAAAGUAGUUCUGAAGAACAAUAUCAUCUCAAACCCAAGUUCUUGACUUGGCGGAAACUUGAACUGCUGCAUUGAGAGCAGGAGCAACGGGAGCAACUGAAAGGUCAGCGACUCUCCACACGUGAUGCCGUCUCAUAAAGAACGAUUGCUCUUGAUACGGCGCACCUUCCUCCAAAUGAGAACUCCACCAAAGAUACGGCCGUCUCGCUUCUCCACGGGUUUGGUACUAUGGAUCUUGAGGUGCCCACGGGUCAUCGCGGCCGCAAAUCCUGCCUUGGCCAGUUGGUAUUUAUACGUCUUCAACGAUCCUUCUCCCUCUCAGCCCAUCAUCGCUUUGCAACCCAACAAACCGUCUUCCCAACUCUCGCCAUGUAUCUCGCGACUACCCUCGCCCUGCUCCUCAGCAGCAUCAGCACUGUGACCGCCAGCCGGUCCUGGGUCGCAACUGCGCAAGACUACGGCAAUGCCACUUUCGUCACCGGCGUUGAUGAUGUCUCGGAGCAAUUCAAGAUUCAAUGGGUCGAAGGCGGCAACCCCUCCGAUGCCAUCAUUGGCCACAUCCCCGGCGGCGGCCUUGAGGCUAGGGAUGACAAGAUGUCUACUGUCACGGUCGAGACGAUAUUCGUUGUGGACACGGCUACCAGCUACUCCUCCACAGCCACCACCAUAGUCAGCACCCUCGUGGGUGAUUCCCCGAGCCCGGCCGGGGCCACCCAAGCACCCAACACCGUUCCCAAAUGGGCUCUAGACGUGUUCACGCAAGGUGACACCUGGUGUCCCCGUGGUGUCUACUCCACCAUCUCGCUCCUCCGGUACGGGACAUUCUGUCUCAAGACGCCAGCCGGCACCACCAGCGCAAGAAUUCCACAAGGCAUGAUGGGCGGAUGCAGCACUACCUUAUUCCAAGACGAGAACUGUUCCGUUGGCCCCGUUCACAUCGAGAACGAAGAGAUGUGUAUGCGGUUGCGCGGUAGCAGUGGUGUUGUCGAGCUCAAGUCAUUCGUCGUUGCUUGCUAGAUAGCAAGGGAAGUGAUGCAAGUCAAGGAUCAUAAAAUGGUUUCUGGAAGAUAGA